UUCGAAUAUGCGCCCUUAGAUGAAUUAGGCUCAGUCUGUUGGUAACAACCGAUCCUCUAACGUCUCGAAACUUCCGGUUCUUUUGGGUCCCGUCGAAAUUUUACAUUUUUUUUUAAACAAAUUUUCCACAAAAAAAAUUACAAUAAUGUAACAGAUCCCAUCAUGUAUCAAUGAGCCUGACACAAAAUCAAAAUGACAAUCAAAUCUUAUGUUUCCAGUAUAUUAUUAACAACAUUGCUUUUAAUUAGUUUAACAAUAUCGUCUGCAGCAGACCUAUCUAAUGAGUUGGUGACGGAAGAUAAACUAGGCCUCUGCUCGGGGUACAUGCCCGGCGAUGACGAUCUACAGGGUUUAGAUCUGAUAAGGAAGUACAAGCUGGAUUCCCUCCAGCAGUGGAACAAGGGCGUCGGCAGGGUACGAGGCUCGAACGCAGUACAGACAGCAUUCCGACUUGAAAGGGAUGCAAUGCUCACACUACCGACUAGGGAGAUAUUUCCAACCGGACUGCCGGACCAGUUUUCUUUGGUGAUGACGCUGCGAAGCAGGAAACUGGCUAAGGCCCCAUGGCAUCUAAUCCGUAUCGAGGAUGAUGUGGGAAAGAUUCAAUUUCUAAUCGCGCUCAACCCAAGAAAAAGGGCUAUAGAAAUAUGGAUAAAAGAUUUGAAUGGAGAACUCAGGCAUAACGCAUUCCUUGAAGUUCAAGUGUUUGAUAAAAAUUGGCACAAAUUUUAUUUUGGCGUCUUCAAAGAUAGAAUUGUCUUAUUUGUCGACUGCCAGCUAGUAGGUACCAUUUUCACAGAACUUAAAGGCACUAUCGACGUGAAUGGAAAUAUUUCAAUUUCAACAUUGGCCAAUUCUCCUAUGACGGUUCCGAUCGAUCUUCAAUGGAUGCUCUUGAGCUGUGAUCCUACAAGACCAGAAAGAGAAACUUGCACCGAACUCCCAGCAAGAAGAUCCCCACCUCCUCAAGAACAGUAUGCACCAACCUGCGAAACUGUAUGUCCAGCAGGACCUCCUGGAUUCAAUGGAAGCGAUGGCUAUCCAGGGCCAAAAGGAGAUCCAGGACCACCAGGUUUACCUGGACAACCAGGUAUUCCAGGAAAUUAUGGUGCAAUUGGACAGCCAGGACUAAGAGGAGAACAGGGAUUGCCUGGUAGAGUGGGUCUAAAAGGAGAAAAAGGAGAACCAGGGUUUCCUGGCCCUAUAGGUCCUCCUGGGAACUUUAGUGAUUUGGAUGUGUUGCAAGGAUUGAUGGGACCACCUGGAGAAAGAGGCUUUCCAGGACCUGAGGGUAAAACUGGUUUACCAGGCAAUGACGGACGUCCUGGUGAAAUAGGGCCAAAAGGCGAUAAGGGAGAUGCAGGGUCAAAGGGAGAAAGAGGCCCUCAAGGACUACCGGGGUUGCCAGGGCUUCCAGGUUCUGUCACCAGCUUAGCUGAAAGUGUUGCAGGUUUACCGAGUGAAAUAGUACUACCUGGAACUAAGGGAGAAAAAGGAAGUCAAGGUGAGCCUGGGCUGAAAGGAGAACCCGGAAGAGAAGGGCCUAGGGGAUUCCCAGGACCAAAAGGUGAUGUUGGACCUAUGGGACCUCCUGGUUUACCAAGCAUUCCAAUCAGUUUCCCUGGUCCAGAAGGGCCUCCUGGUCCCAAAGGUGAACCUGGUAAUGAUGGUGUACCUGGUACCCCUGGGGUUGGAAAUAAAGGGUCUAAAGGUGAACCUGGGGUAUUUGGACAGAAAGGUGAACAAGGUUUUGUAGGGCUACCAGGCACUCCAGGUGCAGAUGGACUACGUGGUGCUCCAGGACCUCCAGGAGAAAUAGGACUAAAAGGGGAAAAAGGUUAUGAUGGUUUUCCAGGGCAACCAGGUCCACCUGGCCUAACGGGAAAGACUGGCGAGAAGGGAGACAUGGGAAGUGAAGGGCAUCAAGGGCCCAUUGGACCAAGAGGAUUACCAGGAAGUGCGGGUGCUGCAGGUUUUCCUGGUGUACCUGGUACCAACGGAGCACCAGGGGAAAAGGGCGAACGAGGGUUACCAGGACCCCCUGGCCCACCCGGGGAAUCAAUCUCUGUCACCAGUUAUAAUACAGAUCAUGAUGGCUAUUUACCAGGACUACCUGGCGCUCGAGGUCUACCUGGGCCGGCAGGAAUGCCUGGAGAAAGAGGAGCUACAGGUGAAAGAGGACCAGAUGGGCCACCAGGUGUGCCGGGUCUUCCUGGAAAAGAAGGGCCUUCAGGUAUGCCUGGCCCACCAGGACAAAGAGGACCUCCAGGUUUACAUGGCCAUCCAGGACCUCCAGGAAGAUCAUACAGUGAAUCUGAGAUAAAAGAUAUGUGCGCAGCAGUGUUGAGAGAACAAAUGAGUCAACUAAGUGAGUUACUUAUCGGGCCUCCAGGGGUCCCCGGAAGGGGAAAGCCAGGACCACCUGGUCCUCCAGGACUACAGGGAUUGCCUGGUGAUCAAGGAAACCCUGGUCUUCAAGGAGAAAGAGGAUUUCCAGGACAGCCAGGACCAGCAGGCCCACCAGGUGUCGAUGGAAGACAGGGAGAGAAAGGCGAAAGAGGAGAACGAGGUCUCGAAGGUGUUGGUGUCGAAGGUCCAGUUGGAAUGAGAGGACCUCCAGGUCCUCCGGGACCCCAAGGCAUUGGUCUACCAGGAAGAACAGGCGAAAGGGGUGAACAAGGAAAACCUGGAAUGCCUGGACAAAGAGGUCCACAGGGUCCCCCGGGUCCACCAGGUUUCUGUGAAUACUGCAACAAUUAUCAAAUUCAAGGACCCACAUAUGGCAAUAGUAAAGGUCCUUAAAUGACCCAUUUGUCAACUAAAAAAAAAUAAUAAUAAAAAUGAAUCAAUCAGAGAUUUUAAAAAGUCUUGUCCAACUUUGUCAAUUUCUCCUCUCUGAUGGAAAAUUGAAAAAAGCUAUCUCUCAACUUAUUCCGUAAGUAAUUAACGAUUACUGAUAUAUCUAUAUAUAUAUACUGGUCAAUUCAAUAAAUGGUGUAUUAUUUAAAGUAACAUUGUAAUACAUAUUAAUUUCUGAAGGAUUUUUAUAGUAGAUAUCUGUAAAAAUUUGUUAUAAAUCACAAAACCAAAUCUGAAACUAUUAAAAUUAAAUUGAUUAUUGUUUAUUUGUAGUAUAUAUUUUUUAUUUAAUGGUGUUCACUAAUUAUAAAAAAUAAUAUUUUUUUAAUAAAUGUACAUGUUAUUACCACAAAUACUUGUAUGUUGUAUGUAUGGUCUGUAUAUACAUGCCCAAUAUUGUUGAUUUUGCAGAAAAUUUGAAUCAAUAGUGAUGUAUUUCAGAAAAAUUAAUACAAAGUAUAGAUGACAAAAAAAAA